UAACAAGAAUAAUAACAAGCCUUCUCUCCUCGCGCUCACCGAAUACUUUCUCACUCGCACACCAACUAUCUGUACCGCUUUACGAUACGACAACGAGACAUCAUCUAGGUAGGAGUGGGGAUCGAUUUGCAAUAACCGACCGCAUAACAGAGCAGCGGCAGUGAGUCGGUCGACCGGCUUUAGAGCGAUAGCCUCCGCAGUCCUCUAAUGUUAAUCGGGUGCGGUAGCUCUCUGCAGCCCACUCUGACAACCAUUCGAAGUUACGAACGCGAUAGCUGCCUGCAGUCCGUUCGUUCACCUCAAGCUUAGAAUCCACGUGUUCACGUGACACCAAUCUACAUUUUGGACAUAGGACAAAAUUUAAGUUAAUUUCUCACCUCAAGAGUUCCAUUUAAAGGAAUUACGUUAAUUAAAAUAAUAAGAAAUGAAAAGAAAACAUUCAAAGACGCCAGAACCCUCAGAAGAACAGUUAAAUAAUCGACAUAGUACAGCGGCAAACCAGAAAUUCACUCGCUGCCUUUUGCGCUUUAAUGGUGAACACAACUAUGACAAAGUUGAAGAAUUUAUUACUGGUGUCGAAGUAUUCAAACAAAUCUCACAAAUAUCAGACGAGGAAGCCCUUCUAGGGCUACCGUUGCUGCUCAAAGGCAGUGCCAGUACAUGGUGGCAAGGCAUACGCUCGGAAGUAAAGGAUUGGUCGGCAGCCAUAGACAAUUUAAGAUCAUUUAUUGACCUAAAGCAACAACCUUACGAAAUAUAUAUGGAGAUAUUCGCCAGUCCACAGGGAGAAAACGAGGAAAUCGUUACAUUCCUCUGCAGGAAGCGCGCUUUGCUCGGCCAGCUACCAGCGGCCCGCCACAAAGAGGAGGAAGAGAUAGAUUUAAUUUAUGGUCUGCUCAAACUCAAGCUAAGAAAAAAUAUAGCAAGGUCAGCCAUUAACACAUUUGCGGAUCUUUUAGAAAAGGCGCGUCACUUGGAAUCAUUGGAACAAGAGAUCCAAAAGCCUCUAACAGAGACGACUGCUGUUAUUAACGCUCCGACUAAAGCUCCGAGAAAAAAACGGAGAUGUUUAUUUUGUCGCAAUAAGGGUCAUGUCGUAGAAGAGUGCCGCAAAAGGUUGGCCGAACUCCCAAAAUGUGAAACUACAAAAGAGAAGACUUCUGACGUUAAACCAGAGUAACCGGUUAUUUCUUGUUACGGAUGCGGCGCGCCCGGUGUAUAUCAGAGUAUCUGCGCGAACUGCAAAGACAAGGAAUCAUCGCCAAAACCAGUAUCUUUCUACACAGUGCAGACCAAUCUCGGACACCACAUCGAGAUUCCAACAAUUGAGAUAAAUAUAAAUGGUGACAUUGGUUACGCCCACGUCGACACGGCCGCUCAAAACAGCAUUGCAGCUAUGCUGUAUGACAAACUUCAAGGGAUGGGUGUAUCGUUCUCAGAAAGACGCACUGAUGUAAAUCUUGCAGAUGGGGUGGUAACGACAAAAAAAUUACUUUCCACCACUGUGGAUAUAACUCUGGGAAAUCGCACGGUAUCUUUGUCGCUAACCGCGAUACCAAACGCUAAAAAUAAUCGCACACUUCUCGGCAUAGACUUCUUAGAAUCUGCCGGGAUUAUACUUAAUCUACCCCAGCGUACCUGCUUUAUUGGCGAUUCUGAAGGGAAGGUUUAAUUUAUACCAAGUAACUGACGAUGGGCUAGUAAAUUGUCAGUGUUGUCUCCCAUAAAAUGUGAAAUUCCGUCGCCAGUAAAGCAGGAUGCCAGCCUAAAUCCUUUCACCAUAAAAUACCUGUUGGCAACUUACGAACGUAAUAACACCUCCAUGUGCAUUUAAAACACCCUUGUAAAGAAUCUUUAUCAAU